AUGGGCAAUCUACAAUCGACCUCCGCGAGAGAUGAGACCCGCCGGUUCAACCGUCUCUCCAAGCCACCGACCAAGAAGCUUGCCCCGAGCGCUUCGCAGUCAUCUCACCUUGAACCCGAUCGUCCGGAGCUUUUGACUGGCGUCAUCGGAUGGCAAAACCCUUGGGUUGGCUCCCAGAUCUCUAGAGAUGUCAGAGCCAGCUACCCCAAAGCCACGGAGAUUCCCCCAACCUUGUUUGAAGCUGAGUCGGGUUCACCAGUGCAGAGCAUUAAUGAGAGUCCCGCUCUUUCUCUCACUCAAUCCUUGAACGAGCCAAGUUUGGAGCCCGUCUCACCUCACUCAGGCUCUUUUUCCGCUAACCCGUCGUUGAGAAGAGCGUCAUAUCAAUCUGGAACAUGGCAAGAGUAUUCUCAAGCGCCACCGGUACAGGAAAGACCAAGACGGGCCAUUUCAAUACAGACGAGUCUACAGAGACACAAAAGUGUCAUUUACGAGAGUCCGAUUGAGGAAGCAACAUCCUCCAACACGGCCUUUUUGGUCGGAAACCAGCGUUUCUCGCUCACCCGCCGUCGAUCCUUGCUGACACGGCCGGGGGUUGCGACGCGACGAACCACUGGUGCUGUUCGACGUGUUCCUUCACCGAUCGGUGAACCCGAGAGCUGCGAUGAUACGAAUGAGUCGCAGGGUUUACAAUGGCCCUUGCCUCCCCGUGAAAAAAAUCCUCUCCCCGUUUUGCUGCCGGCACGGCCAACAAGCCCUGUAGAUCCCCGGUAUACCCAGCUUGGGGCCCUCAAACUGGGAUCCUUACGAGUGGUCAAUGGCUCUGCAUCCCCGUGUUCCAGUGACCGGAUUCCUUUCGGACAUCCCCAUACUACAGCUCCGGGACUCGGGUUGAAGAAUGUUGAAACCGCUGGCAAGAGAGGCUCUACCCUGGAGAUCCCCAUCGUAUCAGACGUGAAAAAGUCAGACGAUGUACCUGGCAGUCCAUUCUCCUUCGAGAAGUCUCCUAUUAUGGCAGGACCGCGGAGCAAACCGAUCUUCCCCGGGGAUGAGGAUGAGGGCAUUGCCAUGUGCGACGUUCAACUAGAACAGAGUACCGUGGACGUCGGAGUCGAUCAGAGUACUCUUCGAUCCCUCAACAAGUCCGACAGUGGCUACAGCUCUGCGACUUCCAUUCGCUCCCUUCAGCGAAGCCGAACAAGGGCAUCCCUUGAUUCGCAGGCUUCUAGUUAUGGCGCCGCGGACAGCAGCAAUAGCGCCGUCGUCGGAAAUGAUCAAUUCUGCGUUCCAAUCGAUGAAUGCCAGCGCCACUUCAGCCUCCAGGAAGCUCAGACCCGGAACUUUUCGCGGAUGCAUCUAGCCAACGAUCGCUGGUACGAUGGCAAUGGCCCGGCCACCCAACCCCUUGCGGGAUUGCGGGCGCGCCGAUCUACACUGUGUGCUCCUCGAUAUACGGAGUACCCUAAGGCGCCUGAACCUUCCCCAGUGGACACGUCGUAUGCAUUUUCUUCCCAGCAAGAGCAGACUAUCUACACGAGAAGAGCCCCACAUGACGACCACUUUUACAGGAGUGCGCUGGACGUCGCUUCCAGCGCGGGUUCCUCGACAACUUUAGUGACGACGCCGAGCUAUCAGCAGCUCGCAAACGCCGAUAGGCGAGACCAAGCGCACCGAUCUACUUCUGGGUAUCGUUCGUAUGGAAGUCAUGAGUGGGUCGGCCACUCUCGAUCCCGGAGCAGACACAGUGGUCGGAUCUGGAGCCAGAAACCCGGCAUUCACGCACCGCCACUGCCGACGAUCUUGUCCCCAGAUCAUCUCCAAGCUGGGAAAGAACGCGGUGAAGAAUUCCCUCUCCCCGAAACGUAUCGCGGCCGACCUCGAAGCCGAAGUCAUGAUUAUCGCCGCAAAUCGAUGAAAGAGCGACUCCAACCUGAAAUGUUUAUAUAA